UGGCCAAUCAGCGUUUGCCAUUUUGACAGGGCGCACCAUGCAGCCAAUCAGAUCAUCGCAUACUGCUGCAUUCUUCAGCUAUUUCCCUCUACUCGUCCUCUCUUUUCCGGAAAUUGCAGCGUGACCGACGUUUCGUGUCUUUCGCAGACUUAAAAAUGCGUUACGUGGCCGCUUACCUGUUGGCUGUUCUGGGUGGCAACAACAACCCAUCCGCCAAAGACAUCAAGAACAUCCUGGGGAGUGUUGGAAUCGAGGCCGAUGAUGAGCGUCUUAACAAGGUCGUCAGUGAGCUGAAUGGCAAAGACAUCAAUGAAGUCAUGAAUGCUGGCCUCUCUAAGUUAGCCUCCGUUCCAGCGGGUGGUGCAGUGGCGGUUUCUGCUGCUGCCACUGGUGGUGGUGUUGCCGCUCCUGCCGGGGAAGCACCUGCAGCGGAAGAGAAAAAGGAAGAGAAGAAAGAAGAAUCUGAGGAGUCUGAUGAAGACAUGGGCUUUGGCCUCUUUGAUUAAUCUUUCUUUUGUAUCUGUAAAAAUACAAUAAAAAAGGAAAAGAUUUGUGUUUAAA